AGAACGUUCGGUAAACGAUCGAAUCUGUUCUGUUUUACUGUUCGAAAACAGUUCGGUUAUGCCACAACAAAAACGUCCAUUUGAUGUUUGCGUUUAAUUAAAAACAGCAAUUUUACUGUUUAUUAAAAGUAUAUAAUAGUUGACUGAUGAGUUUAUAAAGGCCGAAAAUACUCAAUUAUUCCGAAUGAUUUCGGAAUGUUUAGGUAACAAACGAGAUAAUCCGCAGAGUAUCUUCGGCGGUCGCCGCUCAGCGAUUUUUGUUUGGCAAGUGCACGAUUACGCGCUUUCCAAAUGAAAAUUCGUUCACCAAACGUUUGCUCGUCGUUCAUGUGCUGGUAGGGUAUAACAGCACGUGAGAUAUCAUAAGAAAAGAUAUAAAUAUAUUUAUUUAUUUUUAACAUUUCAAUAUUUUCUAUAUUGUAUCUUCAUCGAUCUCUCUCGCUUCUCGUACUUUCAUCUCACACGAAAAAAUACGCGCGAUUGGCUAUGGGUAAAGUGAAAAUGCAAUAUCCCUAUGCUCACGCGAAUAAAACGUCAGAAACGUGAGAUAGCAGUGGUUAGAGCAGAGAGUAAAAAACCGACAGAAUUAUUUUUCGUGUUAAUUUUUCAUGUUAACAGUUAAUAAUGAAUGUUACAGAAAAGCAAAAAUUUUGCUUAAUUAGUUUUAUGAAACAACAUCCUGAUUUCGGUCGGGGACGCUUAAGAUACAACAGCGAAAAUAAAUGAAAAAUUGAUGAAUUGUGGGAAAAAUUAUCUUUAACCUUAAACACGGCAGGAUAUGGACCACGCAAGUCACCAAAGGAAUGUGCUAAGAUGUGGAGAGACUGGAAGUCUAAUGUCUUAAAGAAAGUGGCGAAACACAAAACCUAUAUGAUGGGAACAGGUGGCGGAUCACCAAAAGAGCUGCAAUUAUCUGGAACAGAGAACGCUUUAUUUAACUUUUUAACAUCAGAUGCCAGUGGUUUAAAAGAAAUACCAGAAGGUGGAUUUACAAAUACAAUGCCAACUUAUGAUAACAAUGAAACCUUGAGUUCAUCUACUUUAUCAUAUAAUAUCGAAAAUAAUGAAAAUGAAGUAGAAGAAACAUUUUCAAAUGAUUAUUCGAAUGAUGCAUUACUUUUUCAAUAUAAAAUGCAUUCUCCUAUUCAACAAACUAAACAGCAUGUACAAUCAGUAUCAUUAUUGCAUACUAAUAUACACGUAAAACAGAGAAAGUGUGGUAUUCAAACAAAUACAAAAGUAAAAAAAUAUGAUACAUUUGUUUUAUCAUUAUCCAACUUCCAAAAUGUACAUCAAAAUAAGGAAAAUUGGGAACAGAAUAAUAAAACGUGUGGAUUUUCUUUAGAUGAUACAGAAAAAUAUACCGCAAAACAGUCAGAAAAUAUAUCAAACUUUUUAAUAAAAUUUAAAAAUGUAAGGAUGAUCUUGUCCGGGAUAUGAUCUGGUUGCUAAUCAGUUUUCUCGUGUUUGAAAUGCAAAGUAAUAUAUUUCGCUUAACAGACAAA